AUGUUCAGCGGGUUCAUACAAGAGACAAAUGAAAUUCCAAACAUCCAGAUAGGAGAGAUAAUUGCCCACGGGUCCACUUCGACCGUAAGAAAGGGGAAAAGCGCAAGCGGCGAGGAAUAUGCAAUAAAAAUAAUCUUUGCAGAUAAUCUCAUCCGGCGCCAGGAGGCAAAAAAGGAGGCUUCGAUUCACAAAGCGCUGAUGCACCAGCACAUUGUAAAGCUGCAAAACGUGCACUUCACAAAGACGCAUGCAUACCUGAUUAUGGACUAUGCAAUAAAAAACGAGCUAUUUAUGUACAUAGACCCAGGCUCUGGGCUGCCAGAGGAUAUCUGCCACUUGUAUUUGAAACAGCUCCUUUCUGUUUUAAAGCACAUCCACAGCAGAGGCAUAUGCCACAGAGACAUAAAACCUGAAAAUAUUCUCUUAGAUAAAAACUACAAUCUGCUUAUAACGGACUUUGGGUGCUCAACGGUUUACAGGGAUGCAAAUGGGCGCAGAUCUCUCACAAAGCAGUGCGGAAGCUCCAAUUACAUGGCGCCUGACAUAUACUACGGCGAGUACGAUGGAGAGCUCGUUGACAUAUGGUCAUUUGGCGUGGUGGCUUUGGUUCUUUGUACGGGCGUAGUGCCCUGGGAGAGCCCGUGCCCAGAGGACAAAAACUUUGAAAGAUUCAGACUGAGCGUAUUUCGAGACUACUCGCCGUUCAAUCUGCUGAGCAAAAAUAAGCUGGAGCUGAUCGAAAAGUGUUUGGCAGUUAAAUCUGAAAAACGGAUAAAAUUUAACAAACUGAGCGAGAAUGCGUGGCUCAGCAGCCCCAAUAUUUACAUGGGCCCUGAUGGAUUAGUUCGGUCCCCUGUUCUUGUAGCGUCUAAGCUAGCACCUCCUGAGAUGCCUGCUUUCUCGCAGCCAGAUAUGUGCAACUCUCCGGCAGGGAGAGACUCGAGCUCGCAGCCUAUUUUUCUGAGCUACGACACGUUCCCAGUUGCGACCAGAAUAUACAGCUGCGCAUCGCCUGGUAUAAGCAUGCAGGUUCUUUGCCGGUCUAUGAAGGAUAUUCUGAUUCCGUACAGAACGUCAGGGAAUGUCAUUUCAUUUAGCACAGUUGACAGCUCAAAAAAUCUGAUCAGCGGAGAAAUCUAUUUGAAGAAAAACGGCGCAGAGACUCUCAUUAUAUUCCAGCGCACCAGAGGAAACUGUCUGGAGUACAAAAAGAUGUUCAAUGCGCUCAAGGAAAGAUUUAUGGCAAAUGCCGACACAUAUGCAUCAUCGAAAUAA